CCUCCUCCCCUCGCCGCCGCCGGCAAGGGCCAGCGGGCGAAGCCCGGCUGGCUUCGGCGGCGGAGGGGCCUCGUUUUUCCUGCCCUCGCCCUCCCCCGGCUGGCGCGGGACAGCCCGGGCGGGCGGAGGCGCUGCGUUGGCGCGGGGCGCAGCGGUGCGGCGGCGGGUGCUCUGGGCGGCGGCGCGCGGAGCUUCCUCUUGCGGCGCGGUGGCUGCGGUCUCUGGUGGUGACACACCCGUCGGAUCCGGUCAGAUCUGGCGCCGGCGGCCCGGCAGGUGGCGGGGGCUGCGUGCGGCCUGGACCACGGGCGACCUGCCCUGCCGUGGCCGGCGGCUGGCGGGGUAGGUGGCGUGGUGGUGGGGCCUCCAGUUUGGGUGGCGCUGGUGUGGUGGCGGCGGCCUCCUCCGGUGAGGGCGCCCCUCCCUGACGACGGGGGGAGGUGUUGCUGAUGUUUCCGGUCGCUGGACUUAGCCGUGCGGGCGGCGAGUCGGCGGUGAGCAUGGAUCUGGAUUCGAAGACGGCGACCUCGAUGUUCUCUGGUCGCCCACGUCGACUCGGUUGCCGGCGACCUCGUGUGGCUGGUUGGUGGUUGGUCGGAGUGGGCUACGGAUGGGGGAAACCCUUGGCGGGCUGCGGCAGCCACGAUGCCGGCGGCACUCCGUCGCCGUUCUACUUCUUGGAGUCAGCAUCGAGUCCUAGCCCAUGCUCCCCCUCUCCUUGUCCCGGGUGAAAACCCAACCCCCUUGGAUUGGGCGGCGAUGGCUUCUUGGCGUCGCUUUCUUCUUGAAGACGCCGCCUUUGGGAUGGCUAUGCCUGACCUGCAGCUUAUUCAUGUGGAUCUCAAGACAGAGAACAUUCUCCUUGUGUCACCUGAUAUCAGGGUUCCUGAUUAUAAGGUUUCCUUUUUCUCUAGAUGAAUAUAAGGACCGAGCGCACAUGUUCCUCUUAGGCGACAGGCAAUGGCGCGAUGGAAUUCUGAAAUGGAACAUUCGCUCCUUGCGAUACGAGUAUAUAUGUACUGAAGCAAAAAAUAGAAGGGGGUGAAUGAGGAGGCGAGGGCUGACGGCAAUCAUGGGAGGAGGUCAGGGGCGGUCGAAGAGUAUUGUGUGGGUGACUCCGGCGAGAUGUGGCUCAUGCUUGACGUGAUGGCUGUACACCAGACUGUCAUCGGCAACUACCAGCAACAGAACACACAAGUAGACCUUGACAGAGCCAUGCUGCCCUUAGCGCGGGCAGUGCCGCGCUGUACAAAAGUAGAAUUUGUAGUAUUGAUCCGGUGAAAUGUAUCGAUGUGGCAGUGGUACUGAACUGAAGCAACGAUUUCAUGAAGUGUGAACUGGAAUGUAAAGCCGACCAAAAAGGGUUGUUGGACGGGCUACUAUGUUGUUUACUUCCAGCAAUGUACAAGCACUUCAUCUUACUAU